AUGUAUGCGCUGAUUUCAUCCCUUUCUGUGAUGCCCCAAUCCCAUGCCUCACAGGUCUCAGUGCGCCUGCGUCUCCCUGCCUCCUGCGAUCUCUCUGCUCUGCUCACGCACCUCAUAGCCCACCUGGGCUGCCACCCGGCCAUGACCCCCGCGCUCAACUCGUCCCUGCCUGGGAGUGCGGUGCAGAAAAGAGCAUCGUCGGUGGAUGAUGCGGGGGACAUGGUGGGAGCAGGCGGCAUGGCGGUGUAUGCAUGGGACAGCCCUGUGGCUCGCCAGAUGGUGCUGAUGCCCCUGCUCCCCCACGCGCACCUGCCCGCACAAACGCACACGGGCACAGACACCAAGAAGGAAUCUGAGCAGGGUGAAAGGGAGACAGGGGUUCAGGUGGAAUCUCAGGUGGAUCCUCAGGUGGAUUCAACAGAGCCGGUGGUGGUGGCGGGUGGGGGCGCUGUGAAGGUGCUGCUGUUCGAGCCGCUUGUGGGCCUUGGCACUCCGGAAAUCGAAUUUCUCAAGCCAGGCGCAUUCACACCCGCAGAGCUGGACAUCAUAGUCAGCACCGUCCAAUCAGCAAUCGACAGCUCAGCUCCCUUCCAGCCUCAGCAGCAGGCUGGGUCUGGUGGCAGCAGCCGUAGCGGUAGUGGCGUUGGUAGUGGCCAUGCCAGCAGGAGUGGCUCACUGUUGCCGUCUCCUGACAGAUCUCCUGACAGAUCUCCUGACAGAUCUACUGACAGGUUCCCUGACAGAAGCACAAGUGGCAAGAGCUUGAGUGGUGGUUACAGCAGCAGGGGUGCCAUUGGCAGUGGUGGUAGCAGUGGUACUGGUGGUGGUGGGGGGGAGGGGCACAUAGGCAUGUCCCAGGCAAUUGCUGAGAAGCUUCAGCGGAUGGGGGUGAUGGUGUAUGCUCCUGGGGGAGAGGAGGGAGGGAGUGGGAGGGGAGAAGGGGAGGAGGAGGAGGGGAAGGAGGACGAGGAGGGGAAGGAGAGGGAGCAGGAGGAGGAGGGGAAAGGGGAUGAGAGGAGGUGGAUGGAUUGGGGAAAUCUGGUUGGAUAUGAGGAGCAGAAACGCGAGAUAGAGGACACGGUGCUUUUGGCCCUGCUUCGCCCUGACGUCUAUGACAGCAUUGCCAGAGCUACGCGCACCCACUUCGAGUCCAACCGCCCACGUGCCGUGCUCUUUGACGGGCCACCAGGCACUGGGAAGACGUCAUGUGCAAGAGCCAUGGCGAAACGUGCGAGCGUGCCGCUGGUGUACGUGCCUCUCGAGUCUGUAGCAUCCAAGUACUAUGGGGAGAGUGAGCGCCAGCUGUCAACCGUGUUUGCGCUGGCCAAUCAGCUGCACCCAGGUGGCGCCAUUGUGUUCCUCGAUGAGGUGGAUGCACUGGCAACAGCGAGGGACAGCGACAUGCAUGAAGCGACGCGGCGAGUCCUCUCAGUGCUGCUCAGAGAGAUGGAUGGGUUUGAGCGGGAUCGGGGCAUUGUGGUCAUUGCCGCGACUAACAGAAAGGAAGACCUCGACCCAGCUCUCAUCAGUCGUUUUGAUGCGGCAAUCACAUUCUCCCUUCCAGACGCACACACGCGAGCGCUGAUCAUCGCUCAAUACGCGCGCCACCUCACAGCAGAGGAUAGAGAAAUUCUUGCACAGGCAUGCGACAACAUGUCUGGGAGAGAUAUCCGCGAUGUUUGUGAGCAAACAGAGCGGCAUUGGGCUUCCAAG